CGGGUCAACUAAAAAAACGAAGGAAGCCAUCUCAAUUGGUAUCCCAUCGCCGAGAACUCGCGGUAAAUUGUAAUCGAAAUUGGGAUGAAUCAAAAGAAGUACUCCUAGAGAAUCAUAGUAUUGUGUUCGUCAGUUCGUGCCCUACCAAAAGCAGCAACUUCUUCGUCUUCUCUCUGUAAAACAUCCCUUCCAAUUUCCAAAUAUCGGGCUUAUUAGUUAUUUGACUAUUGAAGUAAAGGAGGGACAACAAUGGCGGGAAUGGGAGAUGGGUAUGUGGGUACUUCCCAAGACGCCGUGAGAAUAAGGAGACUCGAGAAACAAAGAGAUGCUGAGCGUCGCAAAAUUGAGGAGCUCAAGAACAAAACAGCUUCCACUCAAGGCCAACCCGGUCUUCUUCAAUUCGGGUCCGGUACUUCUGAGAUUCUCGAGACUGCAUUCAAGAAAGAAACUGUUGGUCUUGUUACGAGGGAGGAAUAUGUUGAGAAGAGGGUGAACAUAAAGAAUAAGAUCGAGGAGGAAGAGAAAGAGAAACUGCAGAAGUUACAAGAAGAGGAAGAAAAGCUUCAACUAGAAAAGCGUCAAAAGAGGAAGAGGAAAGUGAAUGCUCGAUUAUCCUUUGCUGAAGAUUUUGACGAUGGAACUGAAGAAGAACAAGACGAAGAAGAAAAUCAGGAACCUGCUAAAUCGAGAUGUGGUAAACUAGGCAAGGAUCCUACUGUUGAAACUAGCUUUUUGCCGGACAGUGAGAGAGAGGCAGAGGAACAAGCAGAAAGAGAGAGGCUUAAAAGUCAAUGGUUCCGUGAGCAGGAAAUGAUCAAAAAUGAGCCUCUUCAAAUUACUUACAGUUACUGGGAUGGAACAGGUCAUAGACGCGCAAUCCAGGUGCGCAAAGGUGAUACUAUCGGGGCUUUCCUAAGGGCAAUCCAGCAGCAGCUUGCUCCUGAAUUCCGUGAAGUCCGAACUGCUUCUGUUGAAAAUCUUCUUUAUGUAAAAGAGGAUCUAAUCAUUCCACAUCAACAUAGUUUCUAUGAGCUAAUUAUAAACAAGGCCAGAGGCAAAAGUGGACCGCUCUUUCAUUUUGAUGUACAUGAGGAUGUGCGGACAAUUGCUGAUGCAACAGUUGAAAAAGAUGAGUCACACGCGGGGAAAGUUGUAGAAAGACACUGGUAUGAAAAGAAUAAACACAUUUUCCCUGCAUCAAGAUGGGAGAUAUAUGAUCCAACAAGGAAAUGGGAACGUUACACAAUCCAUGGAGAUUGAUUGACCCAAGACAAAGAUCAACCCGUAAUAGAGAUAGAGUUCUUGCUAUUUUUCAGUGUAAUUUUUGUAUCAAAGCAUUUGCUUUUAGAGGAAGGGACAUAGUUUUGAAGUUUGAUUAUUUCUCUUUCCCUAUUUGUUGUAAUUUAGUGAAUAGCUAAAUUAUUGGCUCUCUAAAAAAAUUAUAAAAAACAAAAUAUCAAGAUUAAAAUGUUGCAA